UCACCGGGGUCCUGGCCAAUGAUUCCCUGCCGGCACCCGGUGAUCUCUGAGUAUUACCAAUGGGGGAGAGACCUCUCCUGCACACUGCUUUGUAUGGCUGUGCAUAGCAGAACCAUACAAAGCAGUGUGCUUACAGUGUAAAGCAUUCACACAGCACACAAUUAAAAACAGCAAACAGCACACAGUUAAUCCUUUGAUCACCCUGCAUGUUAACACCUUCCUGCCCAGUGCCAUUAGUACAGUGUCAGUGCUUUUUAUUAGCACUGAUCACUGUAUUGGUGUCACUGGGGAUGUCAGUGACGCCAAGUCAGUUCCCCCCAGUGUCAGAAUGCCCACCGCAGUCCCGCUAU